UUUUCGAAUUUCGAUAUUUUGCACUUGGCAACCCUACGAAAAACUGAAAAUCCACUUGCUAUCGUGAGAAGCGGUCUAGUGAAAAAUUAAGUGAGAAUGGCUUCCUUGUGUAGACAAAUUGUACGCGUAAAUGCCCUUCGAAGUGUUAUUCUAUCCACCGCUCGACGAGGAUUUGCAGACAAAAUGAUGCCGGAUCCCCUGGAGCACGCUACAGGUCUAGAAAGGAGAGAGUUAAUGGCACUAGAGUCUGGAAAUGAUGACCCCUUCAACAUGAAAGUGUUGAAGAAAGCAGAUGGCACCCGCAACAAUCCCACACUGGUGCCCUCAUGCUUUGAUGCGCGUAUUGUAGGAUGUAUAUGUGAAGAGCACUCCACAGUGAUUAACUGGCUUUGGGUACAUAAGGAUCACCCCCGUCGCUGCGAGUGCGGACACUGGUACAAGCUCAUCGAGAAGCCUUUCAUAUAAACAGCCGUUUUCCUAGUUUUUACAAUAAUUAGUAGUGAUUAUGAAGCAUAAACACCUAACGAGCGCGCAUCGGCACAUAUUCCACACGAUCCCGUAUGAUGCGUCGGCGUGUCAAACUUAAUUAAAUUGUAUGCCUACUAUCAGUGUUUCAUUCGAUUCGUUACCUGCAGUGUUGUGUUAUCUGUUAACGGGAUUUUAUUUUAUGUAGAUAAAAUUAAAAUACUUAAAUAUUC